GUAACUGGUCUCCAAGAGGGUGUUUCCUACAGGCUGCGCAUCCAUGCUAAGAAUCUGGCAGGUGUUGGUGGACCCUCAAAGGCAACUGAUGCAAUUUUGGCUGAGACUCGCCUUGGAACCAAUGAGAUUGUGGUGGAUGUGGACGACAAUGGUGUGAUCUCUCUGAUCUUUGAGUGCUCCGAUCUUAAAGAGAACUCUCAGUUUGUGUGGUCUAAAAACUACGAGGCCUUCACUGACACUUCUCGUCUCACCAUUCAGACUGCGGGGGGCAGGUCCAGAACCAUCUUUAAUGACCCAUCGUUGGAAGACUUGGGCACUUACUCCUGUUUUGUGACCAACACUGAUGGUGUCUCUGCCAGCUACACGCUCACUGAGGAAGGACUUAAGCGCUUGUUGGACAUCAGCCAUGACCAUCAGUUCCCCAUAAUUCCCUUCAAAAGUGAAAUGGCCAUUGAGCUACAGGAGAAGGGCCGUGUUCGUUUCUGGGCCGAAGUUGCAAAGUUCACUUCUAACUGCCAAGUGGAGUAUGUGUUCAAUGACAAUAUCAUCCAUGAAGGAAAGAAGUACACAAUGAACUUUAACAAAACCACUGGCAUUAUUGAGAUGUUCAUGGACUUACUGGAGGUUACUGAUGAAGGAACCUUCACAUUCAACCUCAUUGAUGGCAAAGCAACUGGUCGCACCAGCUUAGUGCUUAUCGGAGAAGAGUUUGCUGAGCUUCAGAAGAAAUCUGAGUUUGAGAGAGCAGAGUGGGUCAGAAGGCAAGGUCCUCACUUUGUGGAGUAUCUCAGUUUCGAGGUCACUCCAGAAUGUGAUGUGCAUCUGAAAUGCAAG